AUGGCAGCAAUUUAUUAUUGUAAGAUUUGUGAGAAACUUAUUGUGGAUGAAGAUGAAUUACCGACAGUGGGAACUUAUUGUUCAAAGAAAUGUGAAAAAAUCUUUGAAAAAUUUGGUUUGGAUAAAGGUAUAAAAGAAUAUGAAAGGAGGGAAAAGGUCAGAAAAGAUCGUUUAUCAGUACAUGUUGAUGACGAUGAAGUCGAAGUACCAUCAUCAAAUAAACGUGAUGAGACUGAAGAUGAACCUUCUUCUCAAGACGAUUUAAAGAAAAAGAGAAGUGGCAAGAAUGAUCGUAAAUCUUUAAUUGAUGCACUUCCUUAUGAAGAUUCCGUGGAAUAUUUGAGGAAGCAAGUUAAUUCUGAUGGAAAUACCCCAAGAGAAAGAAGUCGUUCAAGAAUAGAAGAACCGUCUGACAAAAAAGAACGUUCGAAUGAACGAUCACGACGAUCUAAUAACCCUUCUACCAUUGACACAACACACACACCCAUAUACACACCCACCAUUACACCCACUCCUACCAUCAUUGCUACACCCACCAUUACACCCACACCCACCGCCACCACCACCACCACUCCUAUCACACAAAAUCAUUUAAGUACAUCUACUACUACUCCUCUUCCUGUCGAGAAUCAAUCACAAACGGUACCGACUUAUCCCGACGUAAAGCCAAAUAAACAUGAAAAUUAUAUGUUUGAAGAUAAUAUUUACGAUGAGCCUCCUCCUUCAUAUGAAUCAAUUUGUUCACCACAAGCUGCUAAUGUAGAUGAAAAACCAUUGACUUUUGAAUCGUCUGAUGAGAAAAAAACGAGCACUACAGAGAGAACUGCAACUAAUAAUACAAUGAAUACAGAUAAAAGGAGCACUAUUAUACCUCCGAAAUUACCUCCGAAAGUUCCUAUUUCGAACGCUCCACCAUUGAUGAAUACACAACCGCAUAUACAACCUCCUAAUCAAUUUUUUCCGCAUAAUAAUCAACAACGUCCUUUCUACCCUACUAUUAAUCAACAAAAUGUUUUUAAUCAUUAUGGUAGAAGCAGCAGUUCUCCUCAAUAUCAAUUACCACUUAAUGUUAAUAAUUUUGGUGCCAGCCAUAGUCAUCCUUCCACAUCUUCCACACCUGCUGAUAGAUUCUUGAAUGAACAGGCAAAUCUUCCCUCGACAGUUUAUCCUCCUCCAUUUUAUACAAUUAAAAAAUUUGGCAAUAAUACAUAA